CAGUGCGGCAGGAAAAGCGCAGGGAGACGCUGCUGAGAUUGAAGGAGACGAGAGGAAAAUAGAUGAACUGUUAUAAAGAAGAAAAAUAUGAAAAUAUGGACGAGGACAACAUUGUACGUUUGAUAACACUAGUGUCUCUAGAUUCAUUUAGCUAUUCGUGAGAAUAGAAGUCGGGAUAUUGGGCGAAACGAUUCGUAGUUGCUUACUGUAUGGGCUGUGCUUGGCAACCUGAAGAUAAUGUCAGGGAAUGGAUGAAAAUCCUAAGAACUACUGCAGUUGCUUUGCUGGAAUUCUCGUAUCCUAUUGAAAAUAUCGACACAUGUAUCAACGCUUAUCCCAGGAAGGCAGGAGCCGCAACAUAUUUGGGUGUGAGGACUAAUAACGGUGCCUGGUCUUCUAUUCGUGGACGUAUUCAAAGUUUGAACGGAAAGAGACAUUAUUCUGCAUUGAAUUCCUUUGGACGGGAUGUCAUUUGCCGGCAGUAGAAUUCCAGGAGCUAACUGACCAUCUGUCUCUCCAUAACUGAGGCCGAGCAAGGCAGUCGUGAAGAUGGACGGUGAUGCGGCAGACACCAAGGCAUUGAGGCGAACCUUUAUCGUCCCCUCAAUCAAGGCUUUUGAUCAUUAUGAUUUCACAAGGGCCAAAAUAUCGUGUAGCUUGACAUGGCUUGUGGCCAAAGCCUUCGGUUCAGACGACGUCCCGGAAGAGCUGGCGGAGCCCUUCUACAGAGACCAGUACAACCAGGAGCACCUGAAGCCCCCGGUGGCCUGCCUGCUUCUGUCUGCAGAGCUCUACUGCCGGGCCGGGAGCCUCAUCCUCCGCAGUGACGCUGUCAAACCUCUGCUGGGACACAAUGCGGUCAUCCAGGCCCUGGCACAGAAGGGCCUGUAUGUGACUGACCAGGACCGACUGGUCACAGAGAGGGACCUGACCAGUACACCCAUACACAUGAGUUCCCACCUGGCUCUGAUGGACACACUGAUGAUGGCGUACACGGUGGAGAUGGUGAGUGUGGAGCGGGUGAUGGCCUGCGUUCACCGCUACACCCCCUCCCACCCCGACGGCCGGAUCAGAGACCUGCCCUACGACACCGAGGAUGCAGUCACUACUUGGAUUAACAAGGUGAAUGAGCACCUCAGGCAGAUUGUGGUGGACGAGCAGCGGUUCAGAGAGAGCAGUGCUACUGCAUCACAGAGGGCUCGCUACAGGAGGGAGCAUGCUCAGCAGAGGUCAGCUCCAGUUGCCCCCCUUGUGGACAAUCUGCUGAAGGACAACACGGACGGCUGUGCCCUGGCCGCACUCAUUCACUUCUACUGCCCGACGUCUGUCAGACUGGAAGAUAUCUGUCUGAAAGACACCAUGUCACUGGCUGACAGUCUGUACAACCUGCAGCUGGUGACAGAUUUCUGCAGGGACAACCUGAACCACUGCUGCCACUUCUCCCUGGAGGACAUGCUCUAUGCCCACUCCUCCAUCAAGAGUAACUACCUGGUGUUUAUGGCAGAGCUGUUCUGGUGGUUUGAAGUGGUGAAGCCUUCGUUUGUACAGCCCAGAGUCUUUGACCCAGAAGCAGCCUCUGAUCCAGUCCAGUCAUCAAGGACUAUGGCUCCGGUCUGUAGCCCAGCCAAGCAGGACUUAGUGGACAGACCAGGCAGCCCAGAACACAAGAGGCUUCAACCAGACGCUGUGUCAGGGGUGAUAAAGCGCUCGGCCUCCAUGUCCUAUGUGGAUGGCUGUGUGGGGACAUGGCCUCAGGAGAGACGCUCCAGGGGCAUCUCCUUUGAGAUCCCUCUGGACGGGGACCCUCAUGUCACUCCCUGUGCCGGUCCCUCCCUCCGGGCCAUGACCCGCUCCGCCAGCACAGAGGGCCUGGGGGCAUUCAAAGUUCACCACGCGAGCCAGGGGGCCAUGAGGCGGCACCUCUCCUUUCAGCCAGUCAAUGUCAACGGCCAGAGCAGCGACGGCGGACACAUACCUGAGGAGGACUACGUCCAGAAAACACCGGGUCGUAGCCAGACUCAGCCACGCAGGAACCAGAACAGAUCUUCCAACGGCGUUCUUCUGGAAAAUGGCAGUGGGGGCAGUGGGCCCGUCAGCCCGUCGACACCCCCGAGCAUUGAGGAGGCCCUGAAGAUCAUUCACGACACCGAGAGACCCCACAGCAGCCUGGGGUCUGGGGCCAACGGCUUCUUCCUCCACGAUGGAGCUGAACCACCCGAACCAGGAGAGCACCCGGACGACUCCCGAGGAUCGGCUAAGGCCCGGGCGGACGAGGCCGACCCCAACUCGGCCUCUACGGAGGAGGUGGACACAGGGAUUCACGUGAGGACAGAAGAUAUCCAGGAGAGUUUGGACGAGGACAACUCUUCUCUCAGGGAUUACUCUGAUAUGGACCCGGAUUUUGAGGCUAUGACUCGAUCCUGUCCUCUUCCCCAGGGGAAUGGAGAGAGGGGCGUGAGGAAUGGAGAUGGGAAUGGAGAGAGGGGAGAGAGGAGCAGCCCAGGUCUUAGCUCGGUGCCCCCAGCCCCUCUGUCCCAUGUUCCCAGCCCCGCCUCGUCCUCAGGGGGUUCUGGGGGCGUGGUUCGCAUGACCAGCUUCGCUGAGCAGAAGUUCCGCAAACUGGAGGGCCGGAGCAGUGGAGGGACCACCCCCGAAAGCUCUGAGCUCAACGUUCCCAACACACCGCCGACACGAACUGCCACGCCCGAGAUCUCCUGCCCCGCACAACCAGCCCUGACCCCACCCACACCCUCUCCCAGAGACCACACCCACCUUUUGUCAUCAGAGAUGGUACACCUGAAGAUGAAGCUGGAGGAGAAACGCAGAGCCAUUGAGGCCCAAAAGAAAAAGGUGGAGGCAGCAUUCACACGUCACCGUCAGAAGAUGGGCCGGACAGCCUUCCUCAACGUUGUGAGGCGGAAAGGAGUCACGCCGUCGCCCACCAGCCCCAGCCCCAUUCCCGGGGGGCCAGACCUGGACAAACCUGCCCAGGAUCUCCUACCCUCAGGCAGCCUGGGCCCGGUAGAGAGGUGCAAGCCUGACGGAGCCGCUCCCAAGUCCCCCUGUGAGGAGGGUGUAGGCGUUGGGGUCGGAGAGGUGGACCUUGGAGAGUACACUCGCUCCAUCGAGAGGCUGAACACAUCCCUGGGGUUUCUGCAGACAGAGAUGCAGCGACUGGCCCAGCAGCAGGAGAGGAUCAUGGCCAUGAGGGAACAGCAACAGGCCUGGGUCAUACCUCCUCCAGAACCCUCACCACACAGGCAGCUCCGGGAGCUCCGUAGCAACAGUGUAGCCGGACGAGGAUCUGUGGGUUCCCUCUCCCCCAUCUUGUCCUCAGCUGGAGGGUCCCCUCGCGCCCCUCACCGCUCCCCGGGAGGCAUCAAGCGCCGACCGGCCUCCUUCCACUCCAGCACACCCCGCACACCGCGCCCCACGGAGCUCAAGGUGACCCCUUUCAGACGGAUGCUCAACACCCCCACAUCCGUGGACAGUUUGCCCAGGCUGAGACGCUUCUCCCCGAGCCAGACCCAGGUCACCUCCUUUGCCUACCUGGGACACGAUGAGGGUCCAGGGGCUACGGAGGAGGGCAAGGAGAGGGGGACAGGGGGAGCAGAGGAACCCUUAAACCAAACCAAACUCCCUGAGACCGAGGUAGCAGCAGCGGGGAUAAGGAGUGCAGGCACUCGUCCCUACUCGUCCACUAAAGAGUCAACCAAAGAGAGAGGACAGGUGGAGGAGAGCGGAGAGGAACGGAGGAAGGAGCAGCUGGCGGAGGUGCUGUCUCAGCCGGUCAGGGACCUGGUGGAGGUGCCUCUAUCGUUGCUGAAGCCUCUGGAUGGACGGGGACUGGAGACCAGUGGAGAGGGGGAGAAUGGAGGAGAGCUGUAUGGAGAAGACCAGAAAAUGUGCUGUGGGUUCUUCUACAAGGACGAUGGGAAAGGAGAGGAGGACAUGGCGCUGAAGAGAGCUGCUCUUCUGGAGAAGAGGUUGAGAAGAGAGAAGGAGGCACUGGAGAAGAAACAGCAGCAGGAUCUUGAGCAGGAGCUGAAGAAGGAGGAAGCACGGCUAAAAGCAGAGGAGGAGCAGCAGAAGAAAGAGGACGAUAAGCAGAGGAGGGAUUACAUAAAGAAUGAGUACAUGAGGAGGAAGCACUUGAAGCAGGUUGAGGAUAUGGAUGUCAGGCCACGCCAUGGAAGUCUGAAAAAAAAGCCCCGCCCCAAAUCCAUCCACAGGGACGUCAUGGAGUCACCCAAACCCCCCGUCCGAGCCACAGGUACUCGACCACGUGGCUUUUCAGUCUCCAGCAUGUCCCUGGCCUCCCUCAACCUGGCAGACACCGACAGCAACGCGGGAGAUAAGAGGACCCCCAGAGCCAGUAAACUAGGCUCUGUGAGAGGCCAUAUCUCUUUCUUUUUAAGCUCUCCUACAGAGAUUAAGGGAAGGCCUGACUCUGCAGAGGGCAAUCUGUCGUCCUGCCCGUCUCGUAAUGGAGAUAAGGACUGGGAGAACGAGUCCACAACCUCCUCAACUCCAUCCAACCAAGAGUAUACAGGGCCAAAGCUGUACAAGGAACCUAGCGCCAAGUCCAACAAGCAUAUCAUACAGAACGCUCUGGCCCACUGCUGCCUGGCAGGCAAAGUCAAUGAAGGACAGAAGAACAAGAUAAUAGAUGAAAUGGAGAGAUCAGGGGCCAACAACUUCCUGGUGUUGUUCCGAGACGCAGGUUGCCAGUUUCGCUCUGUGUACACUUACUGCCCUGAGACAGAGGAGAUCACCAAGCUGGCGGGCAUUGGGCCCAAGAGCAUCACAGCCAAGAUGAUUGAAGGCCUAUAUAAGUACAACUCCGACAGGAAGCAGUUCAGCCACAUUCCGGCCAAGACCAUGUCGGCGAGUGUAGACGCCAUCACCAUUGCCCCUCACCUGUGGCAGACCAAGAAACAGGGCACUCCCAAGAAACUGGGGAGUCUGAAGUAGCCACAGCAACACGCCCUUUUCAUACCAAACCCAGGACAUUGUUCCUAGGUGUCCAUGGUUGUAGAACUGAGGGGAGGCUUUGUGGGGUACUCAACCCAGAAACUGACCCAGGUGUGGGUAUGACCUAGGAUAUUGCAGGGUCUGGUUUGGUAUGAAUGGUGCUUAAGAUUCCAGAUUUUCUGAAAUUCUUUCCCAUUAAUAUAUCUCAUGAACACGUACACCCAGGUUUCACCUGGAUCGGAUAUCUAACGUACAGUUUGAUUGGAUGAAUUUGUGGCAGGGUUUUUUCUUCUGAACAGGACGCUGCUGAUUGUCUGCACAACUGGAAUGCGGGCAGAAAAGACCACCUAGACAAGCCUCAAGGGACACUUGUUAUGCAAGCCUGUGUGUGGGGGACCCAGUCAUUCUAAUGGAGCGUGUGUGUGUGUGUUCACAUGCUUGGGUGUCCAUGUUCUCGAGUGCCAAAAAAAGAGGCUUACAGGACCUAACUGACCACUAAAGCACUGAAUGUCAUUCCUCUGAUAUAGACAGAGUUUGAGUUCCCUGUGUUCAUCAUGUGUGGCCUUAUGCUUGUUUUGUGCGUCAUACAGUAUGAAAGUGCGGUGAUUGUUAUUUAAAUGUCAGGUGCAAUGUUUUUGUGAGUACAGGACGUUAUAUGAGAGCUUGUUGAGAGUUUGGCAGUGCCUGAGGCUUGCUUUCCUCUCUGGUUGAAAGAUACGGCUGAGCGGUUUGGUUUGUGUAAUGUCAAUAGUUAAAGUGCCAAGACUGAGUGAUGAGAAUACCCUGAGUGUAGGUCAUUACUGGAUAAUUACUAGAUGGUAAAAUUGUUCAGUAUCAUCUACUGUAGUUCACAGGAAUGUCAGCAACUGACUUUUAAUUUAUUUUCGGUAUUUGUCAUGCUUUGAAAAUCUUUUAAAGGCUUUUAGAGUUUAAUUGACAUAUGUGCGUAAUAUACUUUAAGACUGUCUGUAAUUUAAUUUAGUUUGUAUAUAAUAGCUAUUCUAUUCAAAAUGAAUGAGUCAAACUAGCAAUUAUCAGUUAAUAUGGACGUGUCUAAACGUAAUAUAUGGGGCCUUUUAUUGUUUAAAAAAUGCAACUGUGUGAUCACUUUCAAUGUCACUGGCAGGACUAUUUCAAGCUUUAGAAUAGCAGCUAAUUCCUCAGAUUGUGUCAUGAGCCUGUGCAAUUCUGAUAACUAUCCUUGUUGGCAUAUGUGUAUGGACCUCACAGAUAUUGAAAAACAUUUUGCUCUAUUGUGGAAAGUAUAUAACUGUUGAAUUCUGAUUAUUACACUUAAUGUAGUCCACAAUAAGUAUAUGUACAUAAUCAAUAGAAAGUAAUCAUGAAUAGCAUUUCAUGACACUUUCCCACUGUAGAUUGCAGUAUUUUAGUUGAAAUGACUGCAUACUAACACUAAGUAAAAUACAGAUCAUAAAAACAUUUUCUUUAGGAGUUUCAAAACAUCUGUUAAAUUAUGCUUCAGUAUGUUACAUUGUUAACCUAUUAAAUGAAACAUUUUCUUAUUUUGGAGCAAAGCAGUGUUUACACUGUACAUCUAUAUUUUGUCAUAUAAAGUAUUUUUUGUAAACCAUUUUCCAUUUUGAGAUUUCGUAUGAGCAUGGUAUGUCACGAGAAGAAAUCUGAAAAAGGAUUAUAUGUUUUUUUUAUGAGUGAAGGGCAGGAAA